AUGAAAGGGCGCAGCGAACGCAGAACGAAUAUCGAGGAGGUGAUGAGCGACUACCUCAUCAAUUUGAGUCACCUCUACAAGAGAUCCCAGUCGCAGUCCCAUUCCUUGAGUGAUCAUGAAAAUGGCGAGGGGAAGAUACACAGGAUGAGCAGCUCCAGGGCGGAACUCAUUAAACAGGAGGAAGCCCUGCUGCUGAGGAAGAAGAACAUUCGAGACGGAAGCGGCGACAGAAGCGGAAAUGGAGGUAGAAGCCUCAAUCGCAACCGAAGCAGCAUCAGCAGCAGCGGCGACGCCAGUAUGAAUGACGAUGUCUCAUCGGAUAGCGCCAAGAGCAUGUCCACGUACUACGACCAAAUGAUGGAUGCCAUUUUCCCCCCCAGGGAGAGGGAAAUUUACCUCCAUUUGAAGAAAAUACUCCAAACGCAGAAGCAUUUUGCAGAUGUUGAGGCCAAUGAGUACCUCUUCUGCUACCUCUUCGUACUAGCCAUUAAGAAUAUGUUUUACACCAUAAUUUUGCAGAAGAAGGUGGAGCAUGAGAUGGGAAGUGGGCUGGGGCAGGAGGGGCCAACUGCGUAUAAAGGGGAGAGCCCAAUUGAAUGUAAAAGGGACGACCCAGCCGCGUAUAAAGAGGAGGGCCCAAUUGAGUGUAACGAUGAAGAUCCAGGAAAAGGUAGGGAUCAACCGGAAGAAGCCCCACAGGGAGAAGUCCCACCUGGAGAGGUGCAACCCAAAGGGCCAAACGCGCAGAAGGAAGAAACGACUCAGGCGGCAGAAAUGGCCCAAACGGCGCAAACACCCCCAACCGUCCAAACGGCACAGACGCCGCCAACAGCCAAGACGGCAGAUCGACCCCGAAGCGAGGAGCUCCUGGAGGAGAAGUGCGACCCCUUCGAAAAGAACUACUUCCACCUCCUGUUCGAAGCGCUGAGGAAUAAUAAGUCAUACUGGCUCAUCCCACUGAGCGUGCUAUCGUGCGGCUACCUCUACUACAAAAUGAAGGGGAGGGUAGCGGCCUACAUAAAUAACUACUACCUUAACGUGACGAAGUAUUUUACCAGUACCCUCCUCUCCCCAGGGGGCGCUACCGACGCAGCAAUCUCCAAAGAUUACAACCACUUCUUCCACAACGUACACAAGAAUAACGUUAAGACGAUUCUUUUCAAUCCGUCCAACAACACAUUCACGUACAUGCUAAGCAAAGCGACUCUCCCCAAGUCGGGUACCAAUAUGAGCAUAUUUAAUUCAAACAAAAUGGCAGCCAGUCCAUCUCUCUCCACACAAGAAGAGACAAACAAUAUGUAUACUAUCUUCUACAAUGACUAUAUAAUGAGAUUUCUACUGAAAAAUAAAUUGUACGAAAAUGUAGAAAUAAGAUUGGACGACAAAAUGAUCAAGUCAUCCUUCGUCGAAAUGAUUCGAAGGAAUUUUUUCGAUCUACUUACGUAUAGUCUUUCUUUGGCAAGCUUAUUCUAUUUUUAUGAGAGGAACCUCUCCCUUUCGUCGGCAUUAACCAAUCGAGAUUACUCCCCCCACAGCACAAACAAGGGUAACUCCUUCAGCGAUAUUAUUCUAAAUGAAAACACCAAGAAGGACAUCAAGGGGGUCUUAUUUUUUCUCCUCUUUUCGAGUAUGUUCCCAGAAAAUUGCAACUUAUCCGGGUAUAACACGAUCUUAUUCACUGGAGAGACUGGCACGGGGAAGAGUCUAUUAGCCAAAGCUAUCGCCAAAGAUCUGGACGUAGAAUUCAUUCACCUCUCAGGAUCCACAUUCAUCGAGUUAUACAUCGGGAAUGGGGCUUCCAAAUUGAGGAAUUAUUUUAAGAGGGCCAAACGGAGCUCCAGAUCGGUGCUGCUCUUUAUUGACGAGAUCGAUAGCAUUGGCCUCAGCAGAUGUAUGAACAACGACGGGGGGAACAACGCCAACCAUGAAUAUACUCAGACGUUGAAUCAGCUUCUAAUCGAAAUGGAUUCUUUGCAUGAGUAUAACCGGGAGCAGUUCCUCCUGGAAUCGCGCGGUCGGGAUAAAGGGGGCUUCUUCUCUACCGUGACGAGGGCCCUCAUGGAGAUCAUCUCACCGGAUGGGGAGUCUUCAGACGCGCGCAGCGAGUGUGCAAACGGGGAUCAUGCAAAGCGGAACAUCAGCGGAGGUUGCUACAGCAGUGGUGAUCGCCCCCCCCCGCGCGAACGGGACGGAUACGAAAUUAUGCAGUAUUAUCUUAACAAUGACCUCACGCUGCAGGAGGUGGAGGAGAUUUUCAACCUGAGGAAGCACCGGGCGAGAAAGUUUAUCCUCUUCAUCGGGGCCACCAACCGGUACAAGAUGCUGGACUCGGCCCUCGUACGAUCCAAACGCUUCGACAAGGUCAUUCACUUCCAUCUGCCAAACUUGUUUACACGGAGAAGGCUUUUUGAGUUUUACUUGGUCAAGUACAUGGGGGGGACAGGCGCGACGGUGAGGCGGCUACCGAUGCAGAGAGGGUCGCCACCGCGGAGAGAGGCGCCAAGAACGACACUUACCAGGACCGCGGCGCCGUUGCCCCCCUUGGAGUACGCCCCCUUCAGGCACAAAUUCAGCAGCCACUUCAGCGCGCUGCACCCCGGGGCCACGGAUAAGUACGAGCACCUUCUCAAGUCGCUGAGGAGGGGCAGAUCAGGAUCCAACGCGCGGGGUGGCAGGAGUAACGACGAUUGGGACAUUCGCCAUGGGGACGGUCCCCGUUGGUCCCACGCAGAUUCCAAGGAUGACUCCCACCGCGACCCCCACCACCCCGUCGAUACGCUCGCCCUGUCCGUCCUGACGAUCAUGUUCAAUUGCGCCGACAUAGAUGAGAUAGUGCACUCGGUGCAAAUGAAGAGCCUCACGCAGAGCCACCUCCAGCGAGAGGGGCACAAUAUGAACACUGCCCUAUUCCAAGUCGUGGACUCCGCCCUAUUUAACAAAUUCACUUACGAUAAUCACGGAGAGAAGCUGAGCAAUCAGGGAAGUAAAACCGAGACGAGUGGCUCCAACGGAUCUGGAAACAUGAAGCUCAGUGGCAACAACUGGUGCACCGAUGCAGAUUACGAUGAGUACUUAGCGAAGUUUGUUCACUUGUGUAAUGAAGAAUUAGAGAGACGGAUAAACGAUGAGGAGAGCAAAAGGAAGAACCACAGGAGAGGAAGACACUCUCAUGAGGAGAAAUUCACACUUGACGACUUACUGUUUUUUUUUAAUGACUUACAAAAAAUGAAGAUAAAGAUAUGGCGAGACGAGGACAUAAAUUUCCUCCUUCAGAAUGGCUUCUCCAUGAACAAUGGGUUUUUUCCGCCCGGUCGGAGCUACCAGCUCUGCCUUUUGUGGAAGUCCAUUGAGAGCUUUUACCUGGCUCUCCACUCAAGUUGCCGCAGGGCCUGCUCUAGCUAG